ACGGUCAUCAACUCAUCGUCCCUCCCAAAACGCUCCCUCUUCACCAGCAUUUGAAUUGAAGGCUCUCUUCUCUCUUUCUCUCUCUCUCUGCAUACACAUCUCUCUCUCUCUCUCUCUGAAGAGAUCAUGAAAUCGAACGCAGAGAUGUCAGAUAAUCGAUUCUUGGGAAGCAUCUCAGCCUCGUCGAUCCGAAAACUCCUUCCCAGAUCGACCUCUACGAAGCGCAAGACGAACCCAACUCGAACAAAAUCGAGGCUUGACAGUGAAAACACCCCUCCGAUCGAUCCAAACAUUGAAGUAGACAAAUACGCAAUCUCACCUUCGAUCCCCAAACAGUCACUGUCAAACCCAUCAAUUUCACAGAAACAAAUCACCAGAUCGGACACUCAGAGAGAUGCAAUAGCACCCUCAGAUCCACCAGUCAAGGUUGUAGUAAGGAUUAGACCGGUAAAUGGUCAUGAAAGAGAAGGAGAUCCGGCGGUUAGGAAGGUUUCUGAUGAUUCAGUAGCUGUUGGGGAUAGAAAGUUUACCUUUGAUUCGGUUCUUGAUGUGAAAUCAAACCAGGAGGAUGUAUUUCAGUUAGUUGGCGUUCCUUUGGUUAAAAACGCAUUAGCGGGUUACAACACAUCAAUUUUGGCAUAUGGACAGACUGGAAGUGGCAAGACUUACACAAUGUGGGGUCCACCAAGUGCAAUGGUUGAUAGUCACUUGGCCAAUACUCAUCAGGGCAUUGUCCCACGCAUCUUUCAGAUGUUGUUCUCUGAGAUUCAGCAAGAGCAAGAGAACUCAGAUGGUAAACAGAUAAAUUAUCAGUGCCGGUGUUCAUUCCUUGAGAUAUACAAUGAACAAAUUGGCGAUUUACUCGAUCCAACCCAGCGAAACCUAGAGAUAAAGGACGAUGCUAAACAUGGAUUUUAUGUUGAGAAUUUGACUGAGGAAUACGUUACCAACUAUGACGAUAUAACCCAAAUUUUGAUUAAGGGACUAUCAAGUAGGAAGGUUGGGGCAACAAGCAUAAAUUCAAAAAGUUCACGCUCCCAUAUUGUGUUUACAUGUGUCAUUGAGUCAUGGUCCAAGGGAACAUCAUCAACAUGUUUUGGUAGUUCAAAAACGAGCAGAAUCAGCCUUGUUGAUCUUGCUGGACUGGAGAGGAAUAAGCUUGAUGAUGAUGGUAGGCAGUGUGUAAAGAAAGAAAAAAGUGUGAAGAAGUCUCUAUCACAGUUGGGGCACUUAGUGAAUAUCCUUGCUGAAGGAACUAAGUCAGGAAAACCCGAAGUUGUUCCUUACAGAAGCUCCAGAUUAACGCAUUUGUUGAAAGAAUCACUUGGUGGAAAUGUCAGGCUGGCAGUUAUAUGUUCCAUCUCCCCAGAUCACAAGAGUAAUUGUGAAACAUUGAGCACACUCAGAUUUGGGCAGCGAGUAAAAUCUAUACGCAACGAGCCAGUAAUAAAUGAAAUAUCAGAGGAUGAUGUUAAUGACCUGAGUGACCAGAUUCGUCAAUUGAAGGAAGAACUUAUAAGAGCAAAGUCAAGUGAAUAUAACUCGAUGGGAAGUAACUAUGGAUACACUAAAAGUAGAAGUGUACGUGAAAGCUUGAAUCAAUUGAGAUUGAGCCUUAAUCGCUCCUUGAUCUUGCCCCACUUAGAUAAUGAAUGCAAUGAGGAAGUAAUUGUUAAUGAGGACGAUGUAAGAGAACUACGUGUUCAGCUAGACAAUUUGCACAGUUCUUGUGAAGAGAAUACAAAAGAUGUUGAUGACAACAAACACAGCAUUCAGUUUUCUUCUGUAGAAGAAAGUUAUGAUACAGACUUCACAAGUGAAUAUUACGGAAGCUGCCUAGAAGAAGGUGAAAUAGAAGAAACAAGUUUGGAAAAAUCUAGGACUGAGCUUCGACCGGAAGCGAGCGUUUCAUCUGUUGAUAACUUUCCAAGUGAGCCCAACACUUCAAGGACCGUAGAUACUGCAUUCAGGAGAAGCAUAUCAAUCAAUUCAUCUCUGCACUCUCUAGCACUGCAAGAACCAGCAUUGUCUGAGUCUCCAAAAAUUGGAAAUAACCAAAGGAAAAGCAUAAUCUUUGCAUCAUCGACUCUUCUGGCAAGUGAGAAUAUUGUUUCAGAGAGUUCCAAGUUCGAUUCAGGUGCAUUACGACAGUCGCACAAAUCAAUUGAUCACAUUCGAUCAUCAUUGCGGUCAAGCAAGAUAUUUCCUGGCCCCACAGAGUCCCUGGCUGCUAGCCUUCAGAGAGGUUUACAGAUAAUUGACUCUCACCAGCAGAAUUCAACAUCAAAUAAAUCUUCACUUGCUUUCUCUUUUGAACACUUAGCAUUAAAACCAUGUUCAACAGUUGACAAAGCCAACGAUUCUGUUCAAACAUUACCGGAAGAGAGACCAUCUUCAGAUGGAUCUUCUGCUUCUUUUCUGUGUGCAUCAUGCCAGAGAAGAUGCCUCGAAACAGUGGAUGAUGAAGGGAAUUCAAAUGGAACAUCUGCUCAAGCUCCAAAAGAUGUGGGGAAAGAUUUGGCAGAAGCCAUCAGGAGAGAGAAGGAGCUGGAAAAUAUUUGUAUGGAACAAGCAGCCAAAAUCGAUCAGCUAAAUCUUCUGGUGGAGCAAUACAAAAACAACAUAAAACAAAAUGCUAUUGUUGAACAUAGUAAUACUCAUUGUGAGGACUCACAGAACAAAUUAACACAUAUUGAUGAGCUCAAAAAUGAAAAUUUUCGUCCACUUGUGGAUGAAAGCAAGCUUCUCAGAUGGGAUGACGAUGAGAAUCACGAUGAAGAGAUGAUAAAGGAAAAAUGUGAAAUAAAAGAAGUCAGGGAAGAGUUGGAUCAAAAGUUCAGUAACACAUCCUUUGAUAAGGAUGAGAAGGAAGCACUUCUCAAUGAAAUUCAAAUCCUAAGGAGCAAGUUGCAGUCGUAUACUGAUGGACCUUCAAAAAAGUCUUAUGAGAGAGUGAGAUCCUCUUUGUUGUCACAGUCAAUCCAGAUGAGAAAAAGUGGUGCAUUCUCUCAAGGUAACAGCGAAGAAGAACUUGAGAAAGAAAGACAGCGAUGGAUGGAAAUGGAAAGUGAUUGGAUUUCUCUGACCGAUGAGUUAAGAGUAGAUCUUGAAUCUAACCGCCAGCAUGCAGAGAAGGUUGAGAUGGAAUUGAGACUAGAGAAGAAGUGCACUGAGGAGUUGGAUGAUGCACUUCAUAGGUCUGUUCUUGGGCACGCUAGAAUGGUCGAACACUACGUUGAUUUACAGGAAAAGUACAACGACUUGGCUGCAAAGCACCGGCUGAUUAUGGAAGGGGUUGCUGAGAUUAAAAAGGCAGCUGCAAAAGCUGGAGCAAAGAGUCGUGGCUCACGUUUUGCAAAGUCUAUGGCGGCGGAGCUUUCAGCCCUGAGAGUGGAGAGGGCAAAGGAGAUGGACUUUUUGAGAAAGGAGAACAGAAGUCUUAAAAUUCAACUUAGAGACACUGCAGAAGCUGUUCAUGCUGCUGGAGAACUCCUUGUUAGGCUGAAAGAAGCCGAGGAAGCUGCUUCAGUUGCAGAGGAGAACUUCACAAAGGUUCAGGAAGAGAAUGAGAAGCUAAAAAAGUAAGUGGAUAAGCUGAAAAGAAAGCACAAGAUGGAAAUGAUCACCAUGAAACAAUACCUUCAAGAGAGCCGGUUGCCAGAAUCUGCACUUCGACCUCUAUAUCGAGAAGAUUCUGAUAUAGCACAGAACACUACCUCACUGCCUGAUGAUGACCAGGCAUGGCGAGAAGAAUUCGGCGCAAUAUACCAAGAUCAUUACUGAUUCUCUCUGUCUGACAUUGCUUCCAAUAUUGGAUUUGCAUCAGACCCUACUUGGGUCCAAAGCACUAGUGAAAUUUCAUACAUUAGCACUUUUUAGUCUAUUUUCUUGUUUGUAUUUGCUUUGUCUGUGUGCAUCACUUAUCUUAUGGGAUUGAGAGUUCUUUCAUUCACUUGUUAAGUAAUUGCUGAUAAUAAAGAUGUGUUUCUCAUUCCCAUUUGGGGCUCUUGAGCAUUUUGUUUCGAUAA